AAUAUGGGGCAUUUCGUGCGUGGGUUGAUCAUGACAGGUCGUUGAAAAUUUCUUUGUCAAAAGUGUAUAUGUAUAUAGGCAUAACAUAGAAGAGGGUGCCAUCCAUUAUUCAAAAUGUUUUUGAAUGUGAUCUUGAUUACUCAUAUAUUUUGUAUUAGCAAAGCACUACUGGUAGAGGACACAAAUGAGUGCAGCUCACAUCCUUGUAAAAACGGAGGUGUUUGCAACAACCUUACAGAGGAAUACACAUGCUCGUGCAGUCAGCGUUACACGGGAUUAAGAUGUGAAACAGACACUUGUGAAGGACAUUUCACGAGUCUCAUGGGAAGUUUUGGGACUCCAAGAUAUCGAAAUCCAUUUCGAAGAAGGCAACUGUGUCGUUAUUACAUCAGUGUUCCAGCCGGAUACACAAUAAAACUGACAUUAACUGAACUCAAAAUACAUAGCUAUUUGGAAUUUUUAUUUGUUUAUGAUGGCACACGUACAUCCGACGUAAUGAUUUUAGGUUUGGGCAAUUAUGAUGAGCCAAGAACAGUAGAGACGAGAGGAAACAACAUGUUGGUUACAUUUAAAUCCGAUUUUGAGAAUUUACGGUCUGGCUUCCAGGCCAGUUACACUACAAGAAGUUUUGACUGUCCUCCCGGACAGGUAAGAUGUACUGCCGACAGAUCAAAUGGUUGUAUAUCGCCACACAAAUUCUGUGAUGAAUCUUCGGACUGUCCAUAUGGAUAUGAUGAACGAAACUGCCAAUACAAUAACACAUGCGGUACAAAUCAGUUCCGUUGUAGAUCAGGACAGUGUAUUCACAAUCAAUGGAAAUGUGAUGGACAUAGAACGUGUAUAGAUGGUUCUGAUGAAUUAGCCUCAAUCUGUACAGAUCCCUCGUGGAACACUUGCACAAAUUGGUGGGAGUUUGAAUGUUCUACUGACAGGCAGUGUAUCCAUAAGAAAUUGAAAUGUGAUGGAUUCGAAGAUUGCUUUGACGGAUCUGACGAAAGCAAUUGCCUCUAGGGUUUCACAUGAAAUCACGCGUGUAUAGACUUAUUAUAUUCAUGUUUUCAGUUGCUUAUGGCAAAAGUCAAAUUUUUAGAGCGUAAAAUGAACAGAAUUAUAUUAUUUAAAUAGUUCUGAAAAUGCAAGUAUAAUGUACACUACAUUUAAAAUAAAAAAAUAUUAUAAACCUGAAAUAAACAAAUAUAGUGUUUUGUCCGAAUAUUAUAGUUGUAUUCAGGAAAGAUAUUUAUACAAUUAAAAAUGUUGUAUUUUU